CUUCAGAUAGAUUGCCAGGUAUCUUGCUCACCCGAAAAUAUUUGAAAAACACAAUGGCAAGAAUGUAAGGAUCACCGCUUCUUGUAUCAAGAAAGGAAAUACCUCAAACAGGGAGUGGUGAUGUCAGGGUAGGCACUUUAAUUGAGGCGGAGGCGCUGGGAUUAGCCAUUCAUUCUGACUUGGCUAGCCAGCCAGCUAGCUAAUGUUAGUAAGUUAGCUGGUUAAUAACGUGUUGGCUACGCGUGUCUAUCGCUGGUUACCUCUGUGGUCGACAAGUGGCAAGACAACCUGCCAAGCUUGGUUUCAGCUGUGAUCGCAGAAAUCAACAUGGCUGACUCCAGCAGCAGUAAGCCGUUUGUGGUCACGUCGUCCGUGUCACUCAAGGUGACCGCGCCCUCCUUCUACAACCAACCAAAGAAGUUUGCCUCAGUGGCGCCGCCCCGCGCCAAAGGACAAGCCACCUCGACGGUGGUCAGCACGGGGGUGAUUGGUCGGGUGGGAGAGAUGCCACCACCCCCACCGUCGUUCUGCGAGGAUUUCCCACCCCCUCCUCCACCAAUGGAUGAUGCGGAGCUGCCUGCUCCUCCCCCGGAAUGUGCAGCCACACCCCCCGAUUACGAGGCCCCUCCUCCUGCAUUCCCUGACCCUCCCCCUCCAGCUGUGGAGGACCUGCCCUUCCCAGCACCCCCAGAAGAAGUCACCUCUGACCCUUCCGAACUCUCACCUCCUCCACCUCCCCCUCCCCCUCCUCCUCCCCCACCACUUCCUGCGUCCAAUUCCACCAACAACAACCAGAGGCUUAUGGAGAAACAGACGAGCUUUGACAGACAGCUGGACUCUCUGACUGACAUGCUCUCAGAGAUGGAGACCAGAGGUCCCUUCAAUCCAAAGCUGCCCGGUCAGUUCUCCUCUGCCCCGGCGCCCAAGCCUAUGGCCCCUCCGCCCACCGCCCCCAAACCCUCCCUGUCCUUCCUCCCGCCUCCUGAGCUCGGGGACCGGCCCCCUCCCGCCCCCUGGGCCGAGGAGCUCCGCGCCCGGACCACGCUGCGGCAGGCCAAAGAGAGCCCGGCGUCUGCUCCCUCCCCUGCUCAGCCGUUGGUCAAAUCUCCAUCCCCUGUUCAGCCAUUGGCCAAAUCUCCAUCUCCUGUUCAGCCAUUGGCCAAAUCUCCGGCUCCAGCUCAGCCAAUGGCCAAAGCUCCCUCUCCUGCGCAGCCAUUUGUUAAGUCUCCGCCACCAGCAACCGCACCCAAGUCCUCUUUCCCUGCCUCCCAGUCGGCGUCUUUCACCCCAAAAGUGAACAACGCCUCUGCUGGAUCAUGGGGGUCCAGCCCUUCCCCAGCUGCCUUUAAUGCCCCCAAACCUGUCAACUCGAGCUCGUACCCUCCCCCUCCUGCCAUGGCCCCUCCUCCCCCUGCAAACGUGCCGUCUGCCCCGGCUGUCAAUCACUCCAAACCUUCUCCUAUUGGCAGCCAGGAGAAUCUGAGCCAGCCCACUGCUCCUGCACCCCAACCCAAGCCCAUGCCAUCGCUUUCCUCAUCCAAUUGCCAACCAGCAAGGACUCCUGCUGCGCCAAAGUCGUCUGGCUCAGGCCCAGGAAUCGGCGGAGUUCCUCUGACCAUGCGUGAGGUGGAGGAGCUGGAGAGACUGACCCAUGACUUCAUCAAAGACAUGGACACACAUGCUCCUGUGAUCACUUCACCACCCACAGAGAUGUGUGGUAAGUGUGGGCAGGCCCUGUCCCGUACCCAGCCUGCGGUGAAGGCCAUGAACAAGCUCUUCCAUUCCGAGUGCUUCUGCUGCAUGUCCUGCCAUCGCCCCCUACAGGGCAUGCAGUUCUAUGACAAGGAUGGCACACCUCAGUGCGAGGACUGCUAUGUGAACUCCCUGGCAAUGUGCUCACGCUGUGGUGAGCGGAUCACUGACCGCGUGCUGAAGGCGGUGGGCCAGUGCUUCCACGCCCACUGUUUCCGCUGCACCACCUGCAGCUGCAGCCUGGAGGGGGCGCCCUUCAUCACCGAUGACAACAACAACCCCUUUUGCGUGCCCGAUUACCACCGACGCUUCUCGCCUAUCUGCGUGAGCUGCAACGAACCCAUUAUCCCCGACCCGGGCAGUGAGGAGACUGUGAGGGUGGUGGCUCUGGAGAAGAACUUUCACCUCAAGUGCUACAGAUGCGAGGAUUGUGCCCGGCCACUGUCCAUAGAGGCGGAUUCUGACGGCUGCUUCCCAUUGGAUGGCAAGAUCCUCUGCAUGAAAUGCCACACCCAGCGGGCCAAACAGGCUGGGCAUUGAUUUGCUGAGAGCCCUGUCAGUCACUUCAAAACUGAAAACUUUGAAAUCACAUCUUUGGCACAGGAUGUCAGCCAGCUUUUCAUCAUGGCUUUGCAUUAGGGCUGCGUGUAUGUGUGUGUGUGUGUGUGUGUGUGUGUGUGUGUGUGUGUGUACGUGAGAGAGAGUGAGUGUAAGUGUGUGUGUGUGUGUGUGUGUGUGUGUGUAUCAAAUGCAAAUUUCUCUGCUUUGUACACACAGUGUCUGUGUGUGUGUGUGUGUGUGUGUGUGUGUGUAUGUGUGUGUCUCCAGUGGCUGACUCAGAUCAGUGGUAAUGUACUGCUCUCAGUCUUGACCAAGUUCUACAACCGCAGCCAUCUCUCUGCAGGGCCUGCCAGUCCACCAUCGCUCUUAUCGCUGUGCCUACAUCUCCCAGCAUGACUUGCACAGGCGCUUGCAUCACAUAGGACAAAAUUAACGUUUAGGGCCUCCCCAGAAUCUCUUGGGGCAGUUUUUUUUUUCCAUAUGCACUUUGGAACUAGAUGAAAUCAGUAAAAUAGUGGCACAACGCUUCACUAGCUCCAGAACCCACAAGACAUUGCGGGUGUGUUGUAGUGCUUAUCAGGAAGUGCACCCCUAGGGUUAAAGCCUGAUUUCACAAAAAAAAGACAAGAAAUGUUUUUUAAAAAAAAGCAGCUUUCCAGUAUGUCUGUCGUCUAUGAGCAUGCAGUGAACAAUGGAAAAAAGUGAUUCCAAAUGGCAUUCUGGCCACUUAUAUCCAAAAUAUUUGGAUGUAAUUAUGUGUAAAACUGCUUUGCAACGAAAUACCAACAAAUAACUUUAGAAGCCAAGAGAAGAAUCUUAAUAGCACUCCAAUGUUAAAUAGCAGGUAGAGCACAACCAGGCGGCUUAGGACAAUUCUGCUCUGGACGAUAAAUGCUGAAUUGAGCAAAGUAGCACACCUAAAAAGCCUCCCUUUGAUAGCUUAUUGUAAAGUGUUCGGAGGAGGGUCCUCAGAUUGAGAUGUGUUAGGUGAGGCUUAGACAUAGACACGGUUCGCACACAGUCAGAAGGCCUCUCACAAUCAUCGAUUAUUUCUGUCACUGAGGUUUUGGAAUCCUAUUAGGUGUUUGUUUUAAAGGCUAGUCUAGCCGUGAGAAUCACGUAUCUCAUAAAUGUUUGAUGACCUAUGAAUGCUAGUAAGUGCAUUAACAGACAGAACCAGACGCUCUGUCGCUCACUAAUGUUGUUCCAGGUUACACCCAUUCCUUUUUAUCCCCCAAGUGUUCAUUCCUUCUUGGCGAUUUCUGCGAUGAUCAUGAACUUACAGCACAGUAUUCCUUGCUUUCUUUCUGUAGAUCUUUUCUCUAAUGAACUAAGAAACACCACUAUUUUCAUUUAUACAGUUACUUUCUUCUGAGUUUCUUUCUUUCGAUGUACUGUAGCGUACGUUUCCAAAUGUAUCACUCUAUUCCUAUGAAAAUAACUAUUGAUCGUGUUUUUAUUUCCAUUUAACUUUGAACUUAUCUGUUUGGUGUUGUGUGUUUUUUUUUUUUUAAUCACCCACACUCAUGUUGUUACAGUUGGCCUCUGGCUAAAAAAUCUCUCCAUUGGUGACCAUGCAUGAAAGUCACGUACCAUGACCUGAAUGGAAAAUUAGACAUUCUUCUGAUUGUCUCAUGACCAAAUGUCAUUCCAUGGUAUUGAUAUUUUUUCAUAGUUUUCAGAAUGAGUUUUGUGUGUGUGUGUGUGUGUGUGUGUGUAUGUUUGUGUAUGCGUUUGUGUGGUUAUCUGUAACCUGUAUUGCUUGUCACACAGUCUGCAUCACAGGGUGGCCAUCUGUUAUUACCACAGUAUAUUUUGUGUGCCAUAAUGAUCAACUGAAACACCACUUUGUAUUUUGUUUCCUUUUCUCCAAAGCAUUUAUUUAAUUGCCAUGUAUUUGCCUUUUUUUUUUGUUUCCCAUAUUGUGCAUACAUAUAUUAUAUAUAUAAAUUCCUCUGUAAUAUGUGAAUGUGUGUAUGUUUACGUUUUGAAAUAUGCCAAAUGUCCUGUCAUGACCCAUUUGUAUUGUCUCUGACUUUUAUUUUUAUUCAGAAAUAAAGAAAAGUUGGUUAUCA